UAAGGGGGGCAGGGCUGUGCCAGCCAGAAAAGCAGCCCACAGAACAGACCUGCGCUGGGAGCAGAGCUGCAGCGACCAGAGCCGGAGGGGGCAGAGAGGCAGCCCAGGGAGCUGGAGGCAGAGCAGCAGCCGUGCUGGGGCUGGAGCCGUCCGGAGCCGGGGGCGGGUCCGAGUGGUGAAUGGUGGCUGCAGCCCAGGGCCAGAGGCACGGACCAGCCGGAAGGAAUGAUGUAGCAGAAUCUCCCUCCCUACCUUCCCCAGCCUGACCAUGUGGACGGAGCCAGGCAUGGUUGAGACCCUACGCAACUCAGCCCCUCUUAAUUUCUCAGAGAGAAGGAGGAGAAGAGCGAGGAAGAGGGAGAGAUUGAGACUGAAAGGCGGCUGCCAGAGAAGCGCCUGGCAGCUAAUGUACUGAUCCCCCUCUGGUGCCGAUACAUGGGAGUGAUCUCUGGGCGUUAUUUCUGCAUAGAGCCCACAUCCUCUCCUAGUUCUGGGUGCAGAGUCCCCGACUGGUUCCUGGCACCUUUACGGAGACAAAGAGCAAACAAGUGAACACAAAUCUCUAUGCCCAGGGUGCGGGUGCCCGAGUGCGAGGCUGGUUUGAGUAGGGCCCUGGGGACAUUCGUUGUGGGCUCCAGCGGGACCCUCUAUCCAAGUAGCUGCAGAGCUCAGACAGAGCUGGGCCAUCAUGGGGGCCCAGAUGGGAGAGGACUGAUUGCCCGCGUCUCCUUGUCAUGGAUCCAUGUCCGAACGGCACAGCUGCUCCGAAAGGCAUGGGCUGCAAACCACAGAUGGUGCUAAUUGGGAUCGUGCUCACCGCACUCAUUGUGGUCACUAUCUGCGGCAACGUGGUUGUCUGCCUGGCCGUCUCCUUCAACCGCAAGCUCCGUAGCCUGACAAACUGCUUCAUCGUCUCCUUGGCCAUCACCGACCUGCUGCUUGGCCUCCUGGUGCUGCCCUUCUCCGCCAUCUACGAGCUCACACACGAGUGGCACUUCGGCCCCACCUUGUGCAACAUCUACAGCAGCCUGGACGUCAUGCUGUGCACGGCCUCCAUUCUCAACCUCUUCAUGAUCAGCAUAGACCGGUACUACGCCAUCACAGCCCCGCUCCGCUACACCCAGCUGGUCACCCCUCUGCGGGUGGCCGUGGCCAUGUUCGUCAUAUGGGUGGUCUCGCUGAUGGUCUCCUUCCUGCCUAUCCACCUGGGCUGGAACACCAAUGGCACCGGCGUGCAGAACACGGGCUUGAACAACAGCCUGGAGUGCAAGCUGGCGGUCAACGCCGUGUAUGGGCUGGUGGAUGCCUUGCUCACCUUCUACCUUCCCUUGGUCAUUAUGUGCAUCACGUACUACCGGAUAUUCCGAAUAGCCAGGGAGCAAGCCAAGAGGAUCAACCAUGCCACCUGCUGCAAGGCCGUCAGCCCUGCGCUGCUCAUUGUGAAAGAGCACAAGGCCACAGUGACGCUAGCAGCCGUGCUGGGGGCAUUCAUCGUCUGCUGGUUCCCUUAUUUCACAGUGUUCACUUACCGAGGGAUGGUGGGGGACAAGGUGGAUGAGACAUCCCAGUCCAUAGUUUUAUGGCUGGGCUAUGCCAACUCAGCCCUGAACCCCAUCUUGUACGCUGCUCUGAACAGGGACUUCCGGACAGCCUACCAGCGCCUGUUCCACUGUCGAAGGGUGGGGCCCCUCUCCAGGACCACUCCCCUCACCCCCAUACAUCUGCCCCACUCCAGGGCGAGAGCCCGCAAGCAAACACGGAGCGUGCAGGAAGAUAAGCCUCUGAGGAUGCAGGUGUGGAAAGGGAAGGAGAACUCACUCACUCGAGAAGCCACGGAAAGGAGUCCCGCCCCAUCAUCUGGCUCCUCGUCCUCCUCCACCAUCCUGUCCUGCUGGAGAGGCCUCUGGCUGGCCAAGUUCCUUCCCAAGAGGGACAUGUGGAUCCCAGCGUGUGAGGAGCCAGCGACAGAGCUGCAGAAGAGGGUGAAGCCCCCAGCACCCCCUAGGGUCAUUUACUGUGUCUUCUCCUGAGCCAGGACGGAUGGACCAGGGGAGUGCUGAAUGCCAUCAAUACCGGACAAUACUUGCUCAGGACCCAGAACCCAGCCGAGCACCACGUCCAGCAUCUCCAGGGCAGAGCACUAUGGGGGGUGUUUGCAAACCCAGGAACAUGGAUCUGUAACAUAAUCCACCGUUCUGUGUGGGCGUGACCCUGUGUGGGCACGGCUGUGGGUGUGCACAUGGGUGUAUGUAUGUACGCACCCCUGUGUGGGCACGGCUGUGGGUGUGCACAUGGGUGUAUGUAUGUACACACCCCUGUGUGGGCACGGCUGUGGGUGUGCACAUGGGUGUAUGUAUGUACGCACCCCUGUGUGGGCACGGCUGUGGGUGUGCACAUGGGUGUAUGUAUGUGUGGGCACGGCUGUGGGUGUGCACAUGGGUGUAUGUAUGUACACACCCCUGUGUGGGCACGGCUGUGGGUGUGCACAUGGGUGUAUGUAUGUGUGCACCCCUGUGUGGGCACGGCUGUGGGUGUGUAUGCGAUUGUGCAUGGCUCUGGGCUCACGUACAAACCCGCCUGUGCACUAGAGUGCAGGUGGAAGGAAGGGCUCACGCCCACCUCCUCCCCACACAGCCUGGAUCGUCUGAUCCCUGGUUCUUGAUCCCACUCCAGGUGUGGGGCAGAGAGGCGAGAGAGGCGGGGAAGAGAGACCCUACCCCCUUUGCAUGUGCCCCAGCAGAGCGGGCUCUGGGGGCCGGCACGGGCUCUCCCUGCCCACACCAGUGCAUUGUCCCUGUCUCCCGAUGUCUCUGUUAAUUCCCCUUGUCUAAUACAAAUGUCCCUUUUUCCCAAGCACUCUACACAUCUGCACGUAUUCCAGGUCUCCCCACGGCCUAACCCACUGGUGUCCUGGCUUCACACAUCCAGCCAAGGGGCUGGGUCGGGUCAGCCUCCAGCGAGGAUCGACCCACAGCAGGAGUGUGGGUCGGAGGAGAAGGCAGAGGCAUGACUGAGAGGCUCAGGAAGGGGAUCCCAGAGCAGAAGGUCUGGAGAUGGAUGGAGUGAGGGGGGCUGGUGGUAACUGUGUCCUGGGGAGACCCAGCUUCUCCCGCUCCCUUUCCGCACCCCGGCCUGAGUCUAGAACAAGCCAGGUGGCCAGUGCUUGUCUCCCAGGCUGCAUGCCCCGUGAGCUGGGAGGGGUCAGUGCCCGCACCUGCUCAAAGGGCAGGGAAGUGGUGGGCGAUUACACGGGACAGUUCACCACACCAGGGCCGUGUGCCUGGCGAGGAGCCGCUAUUUACCAAGGGGUCAGUUGAGCGCAGCGUCCCGCUCUAUCAAAUGCAGCUAGGGGCCCCAGGCUACACGGCUAAGGUGUCGGCUCGUGCUCUCCUUGGCUUUCUUCGCUCGGCCAGGGCCAUCCGGUGUUUAGACCCUGGGUACACGCUGUGCUGGAGAAAGUGGCUGUUUGUUGUUUAUGGCUCUAAUCCCCGCAGGUGGCCAGUGCACAGGGACCUGCCAGCCGACCUGCAUUGCAGAAGCAGGGCAGCUGUGCGGCAAUCUCACUUCCCAGGCCGGGCAGUCUGCGGAGCCGCCCUGGCUGUUGUGCCGCCGCAGGAUACUGGGUUCGCCACCCCCACCCCCGUCUCAUGCUGGCCGGGCGCCCGGUCUCCGAGCCAGGCCCAACAAUAACGGCCUUGCAUUUGACUCCCAGACGAGCCGCUCUGGGGGCUGGACGAGGGAAGGCCUGGGGCAGGGCACUGCCAGCCGUGCUGGGCGUGGUGAAGGGGCACUGCUACACCUCCUUAGAAAGAGGGGAAGGGCUGGGCUCAGGGGGCUGGGGGAGUGAUUGACAGCUGUCACUCUGAUGUGCCUGAUCAGGAAAGGUUAGUAUAUAGAUAUGGGUGGGGACAAAUUAAAUUAUUUACAUCUGGGGAAACAAGCCUCUCCCCAGAACGGCGCCCCUGCCCCUUGCUCUCUGCCUCUCCUUCUCCCCACCCGACCCCCUCUCCCGGCUUGAGGCGGCUAGGUCAGCCUGUGAGCGCGCGGGGGCAGGGACCGUGUUGGGUCAGUUCAAUGAGAUGUGAGCCGGAUACCCGGUGCGGAAGAGAGGGAGGAGCUGGACACUCGGGGCUGUGCCAGGGUGGGUACAACCCACCGGGAUGGGGUGUUGGGGGCUGGGCCCCCUGUGUCCCCACAGCCCAGUGCAGGUGGCACUAUAUCCCGAGGCCAUCUCAGGGUCCCAGGCACCCUUUUCCCUUGUCUCUGUUUGGGGAGAUGCUGUUCAUGGCUCCUGAUAACCUGAGACCUGGUGUCCGGGCAGCACCAUGUGCUACCGAGGCAUCAACGCGUCUGCAUGGCGCACUCGGGCCGUGCCAACCCUCCUCCCCGGCUGAGGAGAUUUUCCAGCUCGGUGCCAGGGUGGGGUGCAUCCUGAAGGGCUCCUAGCGCGAAGCCCCGCCCUGCUGAGACGAUGGGGACUAGCUGGGGGACCCAGCAAAGAGCCAGGGCCUCAACUUGGUCUACAGGGUACAAUGCCUCCCCCUUUGUGCCCUACCUGUGUGAGCCCCAGGGGGCUGCAGUGGGUGUGGGUGUGGGUGUGCGUGUGUGUGUCAGGCAUUUCCUGUGGGCCAGCGUUAGUCCCUGCAUCUGCCCUAAGGCCGGCCCUGCAUGGCGACACGCCUCAGGCUGCAGACCCAGCGUGAGGGGAAGCCCCUGGGCGCUAUCUCUCAGCACCAGGUCAGGAAUGAAUAAAGCUGACCCCUCCUGUCCUGC